GUGGACUCAUUGAGAGAGAGAGAGCGAGAGAGAGAGAGAGAGAGAGAGAGAGAUGGCUCUUUAAACAGGAUGUGGGGAGACACAGACAGAGAACGCGGGGAGCGAAGUAAAGGUUGUUGUUAAAACACUGAGAUGUGACGUGCACAAAAUGAGCGCGGCGGCAGCGGAGGUGAAGAAGAGGAAAAGGAAGAAGAAGCGGACAGGAGGAGUAACGAUGAGGCAGCAGCAGCAGCAGCAGCAGCGGGAGCUCAGCAGCUCCUGACGGCUGCUCCUGCUGACCUGAGACAACCAGCACACACCUCACAGACACACACACACACACCGAAUACCUAACGUAGCAGAAUUACUCCACAUCUCGUCGCUGGUGGACUUUGGAAACAGACAACGAUGGCGAGUCUGGGGGACUGCAGUGUGAAGGUUGCGUUGAGGAUUCGUCCUCAGAUGGCCAAGGAGAAAAUUGAGGGCUGUCAUGUGUGCACACUGGUCACUCCUGGGGAGCCACAAGUGCUGCUGGGAAAAGACAAGGCCUUCACCUAUGACUUCAUGUUUGACAUAGACUCAGAGCAGCAGUGCAUCUACCACAGCUGUGUCCACAAGCUCAUCGAAGGCUGCUUCGAGGGAUAUAAUGCCACUGUCUUCGCCUAUGGUCAGACUGGCUCUGGGAAGACGUACACCAUGGGAACAGGCUUUGACAUGAGUCUCAGCCAGCAGGAGCAGGGCAUCAUCCCACGGGCUGUUCACCAGCUGUUUGACGGAAUCCAGAGGAGGAGGACAGAGGCGCAGGAGGGUGGAUUUCAAGCACCUGAGUUUAAAGUCAGCGCCCAGUUCCUGGAGUUGUACAAUGAAGAGAUCCUGGAUUUGUUUGACGGAGCCAGAGAUCCAGACAGUAGGAGCAGAAAAUCCAACAUUAAGAUCCAUGAAGACUCCAGUGGGAGCAUCUACACAACUGGAGUCACAUCCAGACUCGUUCACUCAGAGGAAGAGCUGCUGCAGUGUCUGAAGCUGGGCGCUCUGUCCCGCACCACAGCCAGCACUCAGAUGAAUGCCCAGAGCUCCCGCUCACACGCCAUCUUCACCAUCCACCUCUGCCAAAUGAGAGUCUGCCAGCAGAUGCAGAACGGAGGAGGGGAGAAUGGGGAGGUGAACGGUGAGGUCUCCAGCCCCAUUGCACAGCCAGAGUAUGAAACACUGAUGGCCAAGUUUCACUUUGUGGACCUGGCUGGUUCUGAGAGACUCAAACGUACAGGAGCCACAGGAGAGCGAGCCCGUGAAGGGAUCUCCAUCAACUGUGGACUGCUGGCCCUUGGGAAUGUGAUCAGUGCUCUGGGAGAUCAGGCAAAGAAAGCUGGGCAUGUUCCCUACAGGGAUUCCAAACUGACUCGUCUGCUGCAGGAUUCACUGGGAGGCAACAGCCGUACAAUGAUGAUAGCCUGCGUCAGCCCCUCAGAUCGAGACUUCAUGGAAACUCUGAACACACUAAAGUACGCCAAUCGUGCCCGAAACAUCAAGAACAAGGUGGUGGUGAAUCAGGACAAGACCAGCCAGCAGAUCAAUUCCCUUCGUGCUGAAAUUGCCCGACUUCAGUUGGAGCUGAUGGAGUACAAGGCGGGGAAGCGUGUUGCAUGUGAGGACGGUUCUGAAGGGUUUAGUGACCUGUAUCAGGAGAACACGAUGCUGCAGAGAGAAAAUGACACGCUGCGCCUCAGGGUAAAAGCCAUGCAGGAGACCAUAGACCACCUCAAUACACGGGUGACACACCUGCUGGCCAAUGAGGUCAGCAGUCUGCUGGCUAAGUCAGGUGAGAACAAUGAGGAGAUUGGAUCUCUGGUCCAGAACUACAUCCGAGAGGUUGAAGAACUCAGAUCCAAGCUUCUGGAGAGUGAGGCCAUGAACGAGUCCCUGCGACGGCAGGCCACUCGGCUUUCCUCUCGCUCACCUUUCACCUCCUCCUCCACCCUCAGCCCUGGCCUGGGCCACCCCCCUGGUUCCUCACCCGCCCCCAAGUCCAUGGAGGCUGAGAUGACAGAUGUCCUACGUCGCGCUAAGCUGGACAUCGAAAGACUGAAGAAGAAAGAAAGGAGACAGAGGAGAAUGAGUCCUGAAUUAGAGAAAGGCCUGAAGAAACGAGUGAAGCUGCACAAUCAUGAGAAUGGAGAGAACGGACAGAUUGGAGCAAAUGUACAAAACGGACAGAACGGAGAGAUCGAUUCUGACGACAAUUACAUCGAGGACAUAAUGUCUCCGCUGCAGGAGGAGAGUGGCUGUGAUGAAGACGAAGGGGAGGAUGAAGAGGAGGGCAGGGAGGAGGAUGAGGAGUUUGACAGUGAUGAAAGCUUGGUGGAUUCAGAUUCUGACUCAGAUGAGAAAGCUAAUUUCCAGGCAGACCUGGCAGACCUCACCUGUGAAAUCGAGAUCAAGCAGAAGCUGAUUGAUGAGCUGGAGAACAGUCAGCGGAGGCUGAUGAUGCUGAAGCUGCAGUACGAGGAGAAGCUCAUUCUGCUGCAGAACAAGAUCAGGGACACGCAGCUGGAGAGAGACCGCGUGCUGCAAAACCUCAUGUCUAUGGAGAACUACACAGAGGAGAAGGCCAACCGUAUCAAGCAGGAGUAUGAGAAGCGUCUGAAGGAGAUGAACCGCGACUUACUGAAGUUACAAGCAGCGCAGAAGGAGCACGCGCGCCUCCUCAAAAACCAGGGGAGGUACGAACGAGAGCUGAAGAAACUUCAGCUGGAGGUCAAUGACAUGAAGAAAGCAAAGGUGGCACUGAUGAAGCAGAUGAAGGAGGAGCAACAGAGGAGGAGGAUGGUGGAGGCCAAGAGGAACCGUGAGAUUGCACAGCUCAAAAAGGAACAACGCCGACAAGAGUACCAGAUCCGGGCACUGGAGUCUCAAAAGCGACAGCAGGAGAUGGUGCUACGCAGGAAGACCCAGGAGGUCACGGCCCUGCGGCGUCUGGCUAAACCCAUGUCCGACCGUGUAGCCGGACGUGUGGCACGAUGGAACCAGAUUGCACAAAGUACUGACUCUGGUGCUGAGUUGUCAGCCAGCACUACAGCGAGCAGCUCUGAACCGGACAGCAGCAGGACUGUGAGUGGACUCGUGAAACACUGGAACAGCAAGAAUAUGUCUGGAUACCUGGGUGAGAGUGAAGGGGGCGUGGACGGAACAAGGGCCAAUGGGAUCAGGAAGAACUUGCAGCGAAAACCAGUAGGUCUGGGUCACAGUGGACCGACCGUCAGAGUAAACAGCUUCUCCAAGUCUGCUCGCCAGAAGUGGCAGUCACUGGAGCGACGCAUCAUGGACAUUGUUAUGCAGAGAAUGACCAUCUCUAAUGUUGAAGCAGAUAUGGAUCGCCUCAUCAAGAAACGAGAGGAGUUGAUUGGUCAGCAGGAGGCCCUAUCUCAUAAAAGAGAGGUGCUGAUGGCUGAUGGGGAGGGGCCUGAAGCAGAGGACCGCCUCCUCCAGGAGGUUAAUGAGGAGAUCGAGGUGCUGAACGCCAACAUAGACUACAUUAAUGACAGCCUGUCUGACUGCCAGGCCACUAUUGUUCAGAUUGAGGAGACUAAGGAUGAGCUGGACUCGGUGGACACCUCCGUGGUGAUCAGCUCCUGUUCCUUGGCUGAAGCACGCACCCUGCUGGACUAUUUCCUCAAAGCUUCUAUAGACAAGAGCUUACAGGUGGCUCAGAAGGAGGCUCAGAUCAGACUGUUGGAGGGACAGCUGAGACAGACGGACAUGAUUGGUUCAUCCCACAAUCACAUGAUCCUUGAUGCACUGAGAGAAAAAGCAGAGUACAUUCCUGAACUCCAGGCCCUCAUUCAUAAUGUGCAGCAGGAAAAUGGUUACACCAGCACUGACGAGGAGCCCUCUGAGUUUAGCCAAGCCUCUGACUGCGGCACGUCUCAAAUGAAAGAAUCCAACAGCCAUGAUGAUUUCAAGCUGAAGAUGGAGCCUCGUCUGUCGGCUCAGAUGAAAGCGGUGUCUGCAGAGUAUUUGGGUCCCGGCCUGGAUCCGUCCUCAGGAGGCAGGCAGACGCAUGUAACUAAGUCUCUGGCCUCGCUGACCGACAUUCAAGAAGAUGGUCUGAGACUCGUGACAGGGAGUCUGGGGCUGAGCGUCCCUGUGCCUUACAACAGGGAGCGGGCGUCACGUACCAUCAGCCUCCCUGUCAGGGGACACACCUUUCCUAGACAGUCUCGUGGUUACGACACUUCACCUAUUACGCGGAGGAAAUCCUACGACCGUGCGUACAGGCCAACUGAUUGCUACACUCCCCCCUCCUCACCUCCUCUGAGGACAAGGAAUGACCGCAACGUCUUCUCGAGGCUGACCAGCAACCAAACCCAAGGUUCUGCCCUGGACAAGUCGGAUGACAGCGACUCCUCGCUCUCCGAGGUGCUCAGGGGUGUGAUCAAUCCAAUUGGUGGGGUGAAGGGAGGUCGUACGGCGCCCCUGCAGUGUGUGUCUGUAGCAGAGGGUCACUCAAAGCCAGUCCUGUGUGUGGACGCUACAGAUGAGCUGCUGUUCACUGGAUCUAAAGACCGCACGUGUAAGAUGUGGAACCUGGUCACAGGUCAGGAGAUUGCCACCCUGAAAGGUCACCCCAACAAUGUUGUGUCGGUCAAAUACUGUCCUUCUUCCUGUCUGGUCUUCUCUGUCUCCACGUCCUACAUCAAAGUGUGGGACAUUCGUGACUCGGCCAAAUGUAUCCGCACACUCACUUCUUCAGGGCAGGUUGUCUCAGGUGAUGCAUGUGCUGGCACCACCACCCGCACAAUAACAUUUGCACAGGGUGAAUGUCAGAUCAACCAGAUAGCCCUCAACCCGUCAGGAUCUGUUCUGUACGCUGCUGCUGGAAACACGGUUCGCAUGUGGGACCUUAACAGGAUGCAGGGAAUGGGAAAGCUGACAGGACACAUUGGCUCUGUCAUAUGUUUGACAGUGGGACAGUCUUUGCUGGGGAAAGACCAAGUAAUCACUGGCUCCAAAGAUCAUUAUGUCAAGGUGUUUGACGUAGCAGAGGGAACUCUGGGUAACGUUGGCCCGGCUCAUAACUUCGAGCCGCCGCAUUAUGAUGGCAUCGAGUGCUUGGCUGUGCAGGGAGACGUGCUGUUCAGUGGGUCCAGGGAUAAUGGCAUCAAGAAAUGGGACCUGGAGCAGCAGGAGCUCACUCAGCAAAUCCCUAAUGCCCACAAAGACUGGGUGUGUGCACUGGCCUACGUUCCGGGCCGACCUAUGCUGCUGAGCGGCUGCCGAGCCGGUGUGCUGAAGGUGUGGAACGUGGACAACUUCACCCCCAUAGGAGAGGUCAGGGGUCAUGACAGCCCAAUUAACGCCAUCUGCACAAAUUCAAGACAGAUCUUCACUGCCUCCAGUGACUGCAGGGUGAAGUUGUGGACCUAUGUGCCUGGCUUGACCCCGUGUCUUCCACGAAGGGUUCUGGCCAUCAAGGGUCGGGCUACAAGCCUUCCAUAAUUGCCUCCUCUCUGCUCAUCAACCCUCAUUUCCUCUGUGACAAGACUGUGAAGAUCUGGCUGUCAAAGGUGUUGAGGAAGAGGUGACAAAUGAGGGACAACUGAAAUAACUGCUGUGUUUGUCAGCUCCGUCUCCAGCCUCAGGUCGGUGACCUGCUCACUUCUGGCCCAGCGAAGUCACAGUUUCCAAGGCGAUCACGGCGUUUUCUUCUUCUUCUGUUUCCAUUCUUUGCCCCUGUGCAUAAUGUUAUUACACGGAGGAACAUGUUUUCUGGGGCGAAAGAUGAUUCGCCUGCUCUAUGAUUUUUGUUUCUUUUCUGUAAACCUCAUUUAAAAAGUGCCACUCAUUCUUUACGGACAAGACAGGAUCAACAUGUUCUUCACCGCGGAUGUUGGCUUCUCUGCAGGCAUUCAGACACCACCGAGUGUCAGGAAAAUGAAGAGGAGAGGAAAACGUAAUUUGUCUUCUUUGUCAAGGUUUUGAAAACUUAGGAAACAAAGAGAGAUGAACAUGUGUCUUCACACAUCUGUCGUCUGUAAAUGGAAACUACAUUUACAUUGAAAGGCCAGAGUCCACGUACAGCCAUGUAUAAAACUGUCUGUUCAGUCAGGACUGAGUCGGUGUUGGUGGUCGCUCUGAUGAACAACACACUGGAGAUGUGUGUUCAUCACAGCGAAUGAUCACUGGACCGUUGCUCGUCUUACAUCACUGGCGAAUUUCACAGAAGGCCAUUAUUUCAUACGGUUAUCGCUGAAGCUUCAUUACAUUUUUCGGUUUCGUUUGUGCCUGUAUUUUUAUUUAUUAUCUUCUCCUACCUCAGUUCUUUUGGACUAUUGUGCGAGGCGAGAGGGAAGUUUCUUACGGGUUUCAAACACCUGGUGCUCGACGAUGUCAACCUUCACGCGCUGAACUCAUCGUCUCCGUGUGGAUGUCUCCUUCGUGGCUCUCAGACUCUUUAGCUGCUGCUGACCUUGCUAACAUAAACAGCACACAUCCAGUGGCACCAUUACAGAGAACACUGCCCCCAAGAGAACAUGACCAGAUUGCAUUGUCGGCUGUCUGAAGUGCUAACUGGCACAAACUAGGAAACGUCGCACACAUGACUCAAUAACAUCCAGAUCUGAUGACUUCUCCUUUUGUGGAGUUUUGCCAGAUUAUUAUCUCAACAUCCUUCAGCGGCUCGUGCCGUCCAUUUAUGCUCUACAUAUAAGACGCCGCCGUAUGGGGACACACACAUCCUUCCCAGAUCCUGAACUUCCCUGGGAAGAUAAUUUAAUUGGACGUCUUGCAGCUCUGCCCGCUGCUUCCCAGUCAGGAUUACACGGAGGAAAUUAGGUCAUAACUGAGAGGGAUUUCUUAUUAAAGCCCUGGUUUUUUUUCUUCUUCUUCUUCUUCUUCUUCUUCCACCCACGCUCUACUGCUCCAUUUAAGGAACAGAAAGAUGCUCUCUGUUUAUGUGGAAGAUUAUGUGCAUGUGAAAAACAUGCACUGAUGCCCAGGCUGCACGUACGUGUCACACACUAAAUUUCAGCGGAUGUUCUGGUUUUCUGAAAAGUGUUGGCUCCACUCACUGUGUUUAUUCAUUGCUGUUCUCCCGUGGUUCAGUCGUGCCCAUUAUUUUCCAAUGUGCGUGCUGUUUAAUAACAAGCGUUUGCCAUCACCUGGCCUCAUCUCACAGCUCUUAGUUACCCAGAUAUUAUCAGAUCUAAAAUCCCAAUCCCUCAGACAGCUGUGCUUCCUGAAACAGAUCAUACACACAUUAUUUUAAGCUGCUUUCACUCUGAAAGCAUUUGUUUUUAGCAUUGGAUGCAUGAUAAAUGCAAACAUGUCCAUGGCUUACGGAUGAUUUGUUCAAAUCUUCUAGGUUUUAAUGCUGUCUUAAAGUGGAAUCUCAGGUAGAAGAAGAAGGAUCAUCAUAGUCAACUGGGACUCAUUCCCACUCAAACCUUGAGUUAGAACUUAUUUUAUAAAAAAGAAGGUACUUAUAACAUGUUUUUUUGUGUAAUAGUCAUUUCAAUGUCCUUUUGCAUUUGCUUCCCUUUAAUUCUAGUUUUUGCACAUGCAUCUACCAGGCUUUCAUUGUAGAAAUGUACAAAAGUAUCUUGGGAAGUCGGCCAAAGUUAAAGCCUUUCAACUCUAAUGCACUAAUUUUUGGACUUCAGUGACUCUGUGAUUCUGUAUGAUAUUUCUGCAUAUGUUCACCACUAGAUGGUACAAAUGUGACCAUUAGGAUCAUUAACUGCCCAGUGUUACAGGUGCUGUGUGUAAGUCAGCCUGUACUGGUAUUUUCACUGUAAAUCAGAUGUUUGUCUGUGCCAUUCAGUUUGAACUGCAGCAGCCGAGGGAUGAUGGAAGGAUGAUGGACGGACGAGGACGCUCUUACUCGUCAGUGUAGUUCUACUCUGUCAUGUGUUCUCUGCUCGUACAUUAGCUUUUAGUUUUUAUUGCUUGUUCAUUGGAGGAGAAGGAGAGUGGUGUUUAUUUGAAAUUUCAUUGGAUUUGUUUGUUUUUUAACAAAUCUGUAUUAGGUCUGUAUUAGUCAAACGACAGCCUUCGUCUGUCACUUCCACUCAAACCCAGAACUAUGGUGUCGACGCCACUUGUUUGUGUAAAUAGUUUGCAUCUCAGCUUUUUGUGCUAACGAAGCAGAUACAGUUGAGGUCAGGUGACCACUGUCUGAGCUGUUGGCCUCAACAUCAGGAUUCUUCAGCAUAUUUGAUACUGAAUUAUCAAAAAUAGUCAACAAAUGUUCUGAGCCUAGUUUUGAUCUAUCCUAUCAAGGACCGAGUUCCUGAAAUACUUAGACGUCUGACACUGAGAACUCGCUGAUUUGUUUACAAGGGUUUGAAAACGAAAAUGUUGAAAACCAAAUAUUUCUGACGGUGGGAGUCGUCAGUGGAGGUUGAGGAUGAGGAGAAUCUGAUCUAACACAACUGGAGACGUACAGCAAAACGUCAUCUCUUCAAUUUGCACCAGUGGCAUUUAAAUAGAAUUGUUUUUCCACCGCAGCUGUAUAGUGGUAUGCUAUCUCAUUUGUGACAAAGGUCGGGGUUGCUGUUUAAAUAGUGUAGGGCAGGUGUAGGAUUAUCUUGGCUUUACCAAGCCACAGAGAACACUGGAGAAGUCGUUAGAUUCACCUUUUGUGCAUCAUGUUUUGCAUUCUUGAUUGUUAUCAUUGAUUUUUAGGUAUUUUUGCAUCACAUGUUUAUCUGGAGAAAGUUUUCUUGAGUAGCUAAUUUUCAUGUAUAGAAACAACUAUUUUCAUGCAAUGCAAAGCAUGAAAAAUGCCAUUGCAACGCCUUUCAUGACACCACCUGCAGGGCAGGGAGGGGAACUACUUGUCUUACUGACCAGAUUUAGCAUUUUUCUACUUAUUUGUCCCUACUCUAUGAUAUAAAGCUAAAUACAUUUAGCAAUCGGUCUUUCCAGGCUAGCAUUAAAUACAUCCUUCACUUAGCAUCAGAGGCUAAUUGAAGGUGAAAUGUGCUAAAGCAGCAGCACAUCAGCUCACUCUCUUAUAAAUUAUGUUACUAGUUAAAGCACACUUUGUUUUUGUUGUUUUUACAAAUAUACAUGUCCAUCAACACGUUUUAAUAGAUAUUUUUCAGCUUUUGUUGUGUUGCAACUGAGAGCCAAGCAGACUGCACUGAUUUUCGCAGGUUAACAAAUAUCAGCAUCUGGUGCUUCAAUCACUUCCUCCUCUCAUCAGUGUUAGACCAUGUGACAGACUGGAGAGCGACGCUGCCUCAUCAAAGUACCUGUCACAUCGCUCCCUUUGACUUCCCUUCAACACAGCCAGUAAAUAAAACCUUCAGUCGUCAGUGUCUCGGCUUCAGCCUCACAGCAGCAGAACGUCUCUGUGGCACGUUGACAAUCAAUCACUCCAUUUCCUCAAUGUGUAUCAAAGGAUCCUAGAUGGUCCUGCAGGUAAUAAUUCUGCUUCUUUGUCAGACCGUGACUCGCUCUGUCGAUUACGGCUGAAAAGACUUUCAACGUUGCCUCGGGCUGGAGUUAGCGGUACGACACGAUCAAGAUGGCUGCUGAUCAGGAGAGCACUUAACUGCUCUGCUGCUCGUCUGUGAAUCUCUAUCCAACACCAGCACACUCCUCUGUAGCUGCUCACCAGUUUACUCCGUGUGUGUGUGUUGGUGUGUGUGUGUUCUCAUGUUAGUUGCGUCGUAUUUAGCUCACGUCCAAUCAUUGAACCCCCUGACACGUGCUGUGAAUUAUGAACUGAUGGGACUUAAAAAUGCAGGGUCAAAGGUCAUGUGUGCCUUUAAUUGCACUGACUACUCCCUCACACACAUGUAAAUGUGUGUACAGUUUUUUUUAAUGUGCAUGCAGCCAGGCCAUGUAAAAUAUGUGUCAUUUGUAAAUAUUGUAAAAAGAUAUUUAAUGACAGUGAAAACAUCCCUUCAAGAAAAUAAACACUCCAUUAAAAAAAUAAAAAAAGGAUGUUGUCGUUUUGUGUUUAAUACCAGGUCUGUUUCUGGGAGAACUGUUUUUUUAAACACCAACUAUAAUUUUGUUCCUCUCACCCAACGCCUGUUGACAUUUUUAACUCACACGUCGCCAACUUUUCCACGAUGCCUUUUUGAACCUGAGAAAAACUGUUUGGAACAUUUUUUGGGCUGACUGACAGUUUACAGCUUAAUGACAGAAAAUGUGAAAAAGUUUUUCAUGGUGAGUUUUUUUUUCUUACAAAAACCUUAAAAAAGGACAGAAAUAAAAGUUCCAUCGAUUUCAUAUACCAACACGUAGGAGGAAUCAAACAGGUUUUCAUAUUUAUUUCAUUUUUUUGUGGCUUUUUUUUGGCAGAUACUUUUUCUUUUACAUUAUUUUUUUUAGAAACAAAUGAUGCACAAAAUCUCUCCACUUUAAUGAGACCUUUGAUUUAGAAACCAAAAUGGUGUAUUUAAUUAAAAGUGAAUUAAGAGUUAUCCUAAUAUAAACAGUCGGUGUAAUUGGAUAAUAUUGUAAUAUAUUUCUAGGAACAUUAAGUGUUUUGUU